GUGGCCCGACGCACGCCCCGCGGCCGUCACGUGACCGGGGGCGUGCUGCAGCCGCCGGGGCAGACCCGGCGAGAGGCGCGGCGGGAGCGGCGGUGAUGGACGGGUCCGGGGAGCAGCCCAGAGACGGGGGGCCCACCAGCUCUGAGCAGAUCAUGAAGACAGGGGCCCUUUUGCUAAAGGGUUUCAUCCAGGAUCAAGCGGAGCACAUGGGGGAAGAGACCUCGCGGCUGCCCCUGGGGCCCAGGGUGCCCCAGGACGCAUCCACCAAGAAGCUCAGCGAGUGUCUCAAGCGCAUAGGGGACGAGCUGGACAGUAACAUGGAGCUGCAGAGGAUGAUCGCGGCUGUGGACACAGACUCGCCCCGGGAGGUCUUUUUCCGAGUGGCGGCCGAGAUGUUCUCUGACGGCAACUUCAACUGGGGCCGGGUGGUGGCCCUCUUCUACUUUGCCAGCAAACUGGUGCUCAAGGCCCUGUGCACCAAAGUGCCCGAGCUGAUCAAGACCAUCGUGGGCUGGACCAUGGACUUCCUUCGAGAGCGGCUGCUGGGCUGGAUCCAGGACCAGGGCGGCUGGGACGGCCUCCUCUCCUACUUCGGGACCCCCACGUGGCAGACGGUGACCAUCUUCGUGGCCGGCGUGCUCACCGCCUCCCUCACCAUCUGGAAGACGAUGGGCUGAGCCCGGCCGCCCUGGACUGUGACUUUUCCGAAUAAAUUAUGGCAUUUUUCUGGGGGAGGGUGGGGAUUGGGGUCAGGGGCCUUUUUCUUACUUUUGUAAUUAUUGGGGGUUGGGUGGGGGGAGUGGUUUCGGGGGGGCAAUAAACCUCUUUCGGGCCACA